UCAGCUGGGAAUGAGACCGUGACACAUUAAUAAACUUCCAUAUAUCAAUAAAUACAACAUCAGGAGCUUGUGCAAAGGGGCAGAUCCAUGCACGACUUGAAGCGUAGGUCAGAAAAACAGAGACUUGUAAGUGCGUGUGACGUAUAAAAUCCUCUGUGUUGGUCCUGUUACGCGCGGACGACCAGCCAAACCCAUUUCACCGCGCGCGCGGAGAGAGCAACACCUCUCCACCUGAACCGAGCUGCAUAAUUCAACCGUUUUAUGAAGGAAAACACUACAAGUGUUUUUGGACAUUUAUUAGAUGCUUAAGAACACAUAGCUGUUUAAAUGGUUGGCCCAAUGUGGAUGUUUUAGUCAUACAAAGUUGUGUUUUUCUCAAGAAAAAAAAAAAAAAGAGGAUUGUUUGCGCACCGCAACAUAACGUCUUAUAGUGAACCCUUUUAAACUGGAAUUUGGGAUGAAGGUGAUGAGCUGGCUCUUGAUGUUGCAUCUCAGACAAAGAGACAUUCAGUCAUUCAUCACUGACACGGAGGAGAGUCUGAUCAGUUAGUGGACGCGCUCCUGAAACGCAGAGGACCAUGCGUUGCUUUUGAGCCCUUUGGUGACUCAAAAAUCAACAGUUCCUUGUCAAAUCGGUGCCUGUAUCCAAAUAUGGCAACCCAGGGGCUCAUGUGCAACACCUCAAUCUCAGACUAUGCAAACCAGUCCAAUGAAAGCAGAAAUAGUUCCUUUCAACUGAAUGGGAGCUCGAUGUCCGAGGAGGACAGCACGAAGGUCCUGGCUGUAAUCUACCUUGUGGUGUUCAUCGUGGGUUUGACAGGAAACUCUCUGGCCAUUUUCGUGGUCCUGCGCUACACCAAAAUGAAGACGGUCACCAACAUGUACAUCUUAAACCUGGCAGUGGCAGAUGAGCUGUACAUCCUGGGACUUCCAUUUCUCACCACCCACAAUGUGCUUACCUACUGGCCGUUUGGCAACUUCCUCUGUCGUAUUCUGAUGUGGGCAGACUCCAUCAGUCAAUUUACUAGCACAUUCUGUCUGACAGUAAUGAGCAUUGAUCGCUAUAUGGCUGUGGUACAUCCUAUCCGCAGCACAAGGUGGCGGCGACCCAGUGUUGCCAAGGUGAUAAAUAGCAUGGUAUGGGCACUGUCCUGUCUGCUAACGCUGCCAGUCAUCAUUUACUGUGACGUUCAGCCGGAGCUCAACACCUGCAACCUGAGCUGGCCUGAACCGCGUGACGUGUGGUCAACCGCUUUCAUCCUCUACACCGCCAUACUGGGUUUCUUCUGCCCACUUCUGGUCAUCUGCCUGUGUUACCUGCUCAUUGUAAUCAAGGUAAAGUCAGCCGGUGCACGAGCGGGACUCUCCAAACGCCGUAGGUCUGAGAAGAAAGUGACAAGAAUGGUGGUGAUCAUCGUGGUGGUGUUCGCCCUGUGCUGGCUGCCAUUUUUCUUACUUAACAUCCUCAACCUGAUCAGCACCCUCCCGGAGAACGGCCUCGUCACCGGCAUCUACUUUCUCACCGUCAUCAUGACCUACGUCAACAGCUGCGCCAAUCCUCUGCUCUACGGGUUUCUUUCUGAUAACUUCAAGCGUAGCUUCAAGCAAGUGCUGUGCAUCCACAGGGUCAACGGGGCCAGCGAGGUUCACCCUGUUCACGCGCGACUCAGCAGGUCCCAACAGAAUGAGCCCUUCUUCCCUCCAAGGAGCUCUGAUUUCAACGACCAUGUUCAGAGCUUUCAUUCCAUUGGUUUGGAGGCCGAGGCCAGUGCCAAAACGGAGAUCCACCAACCUGGACCAGAAGUGAGCAGCCAGUCCAUAUAAAAGUUGACAGUUAAAUGGAUUUUUUUCUCUUUUUUUUUUUCUUUUUGUUCUGUUCGAGUCAGUUGUCCAAUUAAGUCAACAUGAUUUGAUUGUGGUCAAAAUAUAUGGCCUUAUAAAAAGUUCUUGUUGUCUAUCAAACACUCUGGUGCACAAAGACAAUACAUUUCCAUAUAAAUAUCAAUCUGUGAUGAGAAGAUAUCAGUGAUGUUAUAUAUGACUGUAAAUAUGUAUUAUAAUGGCAAAUGGCUCAUCAUUUUGUUCAGCAUGACUGAAUGAAUCUGGGAAACUGUUCAUCCACGACCUUUUGGACCAGUUUGGAUUGUUGAGAGAGGAAGUGGUUUCUGCUGUUACAUUUUGAUUUAUCAUUGCUAAUUUGGUGGUGGUUCUGAAUAUUUUCACUCUCGAACAAGCUCUCUUGGUGGAUUUCUGGAUUUCAAAGCAGAGUGAUACACAGAUCCCAGACUUACAUUUCACAAGGGAUUUGGUGGAAAUUCCAAACAGCCUAUUUAUUAAAGGCAUACUGUCUUAUGACGGAUGAAGAAGUAGUUGCAGCUGAAGCAAUGGCCAAAACAUCCUGAGAGCAGGAAGGAGCUGCACAGGCAGAAAUCAAGAUGUUUUUUUUCUUUAGUCGGGGUUGAUAAGAUGUACAGUACCUGUAUUAUGCUACCAUAGUCUUGAUGUUGUUUGUAUCAUUCCUAAUAAACCUGAACUACAGGAUUACAAUAAGUUUCAAAUCAAAACAUGGUAGUCUUGUAAUAUUACUAUAGUUAAAGACAUGCAUGGUAUUUGAUUUAUGUAUAUAGUAAAUAAUACUGUAAAGUUAACUGCUUUAAAUAGAGGUCCAGGCAAAAUGGCAGGAGGGGUUUAGUACAUAAACAGCUGCUAACCUUACAAGGAUUAACAAAAAAUCCCUCCGUCUUUCUUGGUUUAAACGAUAAAAUCUCAUGACUUGUUUGAGCUCGUUUUUUUUUUUUUUUUUUAAAUCAUGGACACACUUUAUUUUAUUCUUGACUCACCUCAACAUCAUCUGAUUCUAUAUUUGUGACCAGAACCAACAGGUCAGACUUUUCCAUACUUAAUUGGCUUUAGAUUUACAGAGACUGUACUCAUUAAUAGACACUUGUGUACUGUAUAUGGGUCAGUUUAGCCAAUUUUCAACUAUAGCCCCUGGCAGGUACAAUGAAAAACAAGUACUCAAAACAAGAUACAUAUACAGACAAAGUGUUACAUUUACAAGACAGUCAACAAAGACAAAUGAUUUUUCUUUUCAGAACAAAUUUGGAGAAAUUCAGCAUCAACAUCACUUGCUCACCAAUGGAUCCUCUGCAGUGAAUGGGUGCCGUCAGAAUGAGAGUCCAAACAGCUGAUAAAAACAUCACAAUAAUACACAAGUAAGCCACACCACUCCAGUCCACUGCAGAGGACCCAUUGGUGAGCAAGUGAUUAUUAAAAAGUGGCUCAGCGGAUGUACUUUCUCAGACUAAAGAAAUUGAUUCAUUGUGUUUCUAAAAAGCACACAGACCAGAUCACUUUCACUGCUUUUAUGAAAUACUA